AAGGAUAAAUUAUAGAAGAAAAGAAUUUUCAUUUUUUUUCUGGCCCUCGAACUAGGAUAGAAUGGAUGCCUUGACCACACAAAAAAACCAGACGCAUAUAAAGAGCCAAAAAAUGUCAAUUAUUCAGAGUGACUAGUGAAGAAAAGUGAUAUGGCUUCUAAUUCUAUCUCCCAAGCAGCUUCAAUGGCCACAGAAAUCUGCACCCAAAUAGCUUCCAUAUUCUCAAAGCCCACCCAUCCAUACCCUCCCCCACUGGACCUUUUGGUCACCGAACUCGCCUCCGUUGCCUCCCAAAACGGCCGCGUUUUUCUCUACGGCGUGGGCCGCGAGGGCCUCAUGCUCAAGGCCCUGUGCAUGCGCCUCUUCCACUUGGGUCUCUCAGCCCACUUCGUCUUCGACAUGACCACUCCCCCCAUCGACGCUGCCGACCUCCUCAUCGCCUCCGCCGGCCCCGGCGGCUUCUCCACCGUCGAUGCCCUCUGCGCGGUGGCGCGCUCCAACGGCGGAAGGGUGCUGCUCCUCACGGCCCAGCCCGAGACAGGCUCGUGCGUGAAACACGCCAACGCUGUGGCUUACGUGGCAGCGCAGACCAUGGCCGAUGAUGAUGCGGACGCAGAAAGGGACGCGAAAUCUCGGCCGUUACUUCCGAUGGGAAGUGUUUACGAAGCAGCUCUGUUUGUUCUGUUUGAGAUGGUUGUUUACAAGUUGGGUGAGGCCUUGGGUGAGAGCCCUGAAUCCGUUCGAUCGCGCCACACUAAUCUUGAAUGAAAUUAUAUCAGCCAUUCGAUCUUACUAUGUGUUAUGUAAUGAGUGAGAGUGAUCGUUAUUAUCUUCUUCUAGGAAAAUUAUUCUACUUAAAACAAAUUUUGUACGUAAAAUAAUUGUUUGAACUUUUGUAAAAUUGUUAUUACGUACUUUGUUCAAUUAUAGUUGCAUUUGUUUCGACAACUGAAAUAGGAGUAGAAGUAUCAGCGAGAACUUCGACUCCAACUUGCUCCUUUGUAGGUUGAGAGUUCUGUUA